AUGGAACAAGCGGAAAAAGGAGAAAUGGUUGUCAUCCCAAUUUUCUAUAAGGUGAGACCUGAAGAUGUCAGGAAACAGAAGGGAGUGUUUGGCUACAGGUUUUGGAGACGCAGUGAAGAAUCCAGCCGUGAGGAGAUGGAGAAAUGGCAAGUGGCUUUGAAGGCUGUGUCAAACAAGAUUGGCUUCACGUUGGAUCACAAUAGAUCAGAGGCCAAGUUGAUCAAAAAGGUCGUCAAGGAAGUAGGGAAAGUUUUAACCAUUCAAUCUGAUGAAGGAAGAGAAGAGUCUGCAAAGAAGGCUAAAACAAAUUAUGUCUCAAGGGCUCUGCCAUGGAUAUGGUUUGGCUCUGUAGUUUGGCUGACAGGUCCAAUCCUUGGCUUAAUAGUUGAUAUAGUUCACCAGCCAUGGUUGCUCUUGCUGGUCACGUUGGCUCUGUUGUAG